AUGCUCGCCUCCUCUAUGCCCACGCCUACGCUCGACGCCCCGACGACACACCCAGACGAAAUCCGCGCGCAGGUGGCGGCCAAGCGCGAGCUCACCCGCAUGAAGCGGUGGCGGCACAGGGCCGUCAACACGCCACUCAACGGGGUGGGCCUGCACCACCUCAUGGCCCUGAGCGACCGCGACUGGCGCCGAUGGCCGCGGGUGGGCGGCGGCCACCGCGAGGGCCUCGACAACUCGGGCGUGAUGGUGUUCACGGCGGAGGACUUUGACAGCGACGCGGUCGAGGGCGACGAUGGCGAAGACGAGUGCGACGGAGUUGGAGUUGCUAUUAGGAAUAGCAGCAACAUCUACUAUGGCUCGUCGUCAUCGACGUCGUCAUCGUCGAGCGACAGCGACGGCGAGCUGAGCGACGACUGGGAGGACCCGCUCUGGGUGAAGGACGACAAUGUACGGACCGAGGGCCGGUGCGACUGGACCCCGCCGCGGCCGCUGCAGGUCGUGCGCCAGGCCGAGCCGGAUGACUCCGAACACGCCCCAUCGGCAGUAAUAGGAGUUAAAACAGCGAAGAAGAACGAAAGCGACAAGAAGACGAACAAGAGGGGGGAGGAACGCGACGGCAUAUCAUCGGACGAGGUGGAGCACCUCGUGUCAAGCAACGAGCUUAGCUGGGUCAUCGACAGCAACGGCCGACAGAGCAGCAGCGAGGAGGUGGUGAUGGAGCUCGAGGAGCAGGACGCCGAGGAGGAGGACCACCGUACGCGAGCGCGCGGUGGCACUGAGUCGUCAUACGAGCGCGGGGCCGAGUACCUACUCCAGAAGUACUACUGCUCGCUGCCCACGUUCCCCACCCGGGCCGGGAGCCGCAUCAGCGCCGCCCAGCAAGUCAUCGAUGCCCAACAGCAGCACCGCCAGCGGGCCGAGACGACCACGACCACGACGACCACUACGCCGAGCAAGAACGAAGCGGAGGAUGAGGAGGAAAAGAAAGAGAAGACGAAGCCGAAGAAAGAGAAACGAGAGAAGACGAAGCCGACCAAGAAGGUGAAGAGCAAGGCCGAGACCGACUGCGGCAAGAAGGUGGUGGUGCCUCGUAUCGAGGGACUCUCGCUCGAUGACGCCAGCAACGGCGACGAUAAAGAGGAAAGCGGCGGCAGCGCCAAGCGGCGCCAGAAGCGGAACAAAAGCAGCCAGGGGAAGACCAGUUCGUGCCCCACGCCCAGGACCGGGCCACCGUCGGUGGCCACGCCCGAGGCGACCCCGCGAGAGGCCGAGGGAGCCGCCGCCGGGCAGAGCGCCAAGGGGACCAAGGGCGGGCCAGGUCGCAACCUGGUCAACUUCUUCAACCUGAGCCCGCGCCGACCGAGGGACCCGACCAAGCGGCGCAGCAGCUUCAUCCGCCGCCGCUCGAUCGAGGAGGAGGCCGAAGCCGCCGCCACCGCCCACGAAGCCGCCCUGCGCCACCUCCAGCUACAACUACAGCAACAGCCGCACCCCGAGGAGGUCGAUGUCGAGGCCGAUGAGGCUGAUGAGGGCGAGGAGUGGACGCAGGGCUUGAGGAAGCCGAGGCGGAAGAGGAGCAUCAGCAUUCCGCUGUCGUCCUAUCGGCUCGAGCUGGAGUUCAUGAGCCUCAAGUCGGCUCUGAGCAAGGGCGACAGCGGCGGUAGCGGGAACGGAGGCCGGAGGCAGCGACGGAAGGGUCCCGCCGAGGGGUCGAGCAAGAAAACGCGGAAGGGGCACAACAAGUUCAACACGAUCACGAGCAUGACCGACACCCGCCAGUACUACUUCAUGGACGAAUUCGAGGAGUGCGAGGGAAAGAAGGCCGAGCGCUGA